AUGGAUCGAUUGUUCUGUAUCCUGUUACAGAUUUUUGUAAGUACCAGCACAGUGACACUGCCUGAAACCUUGCUGUUUGUUUCAACCCUGGAUGGAAGUUUGCAUGCUGUCAGCAAGAGAACAGGGUCGAUCAAGUGGACUUUAAAAGAAGAUCCAGUCCUGCAGGUACCAACACACGUGGAAGAGCCUGCAUUCCUCCCGGACCCCAAUGAUGGCAGUCUGUAUACACUUGGAGGCAAGAACAAUGAAGGCCUUACGAAACUUCCCUUUACUAUUCCGGAACUGGUACAGGCAUCCCCAUGCCGAAGUUCAGAUGGAAUCCUCUACAUGGGUAAAAAGCAGGACAUUUGGUAUGUCAUCGACCUCCUGACUGGUGAGAAACAGCAGACUUUAUCAUCAGCCUUUGCAGAUAGUCUCUGCCCAUCAACUUCUCUUCUGUAUCUCGGUCGGACAGAAUACACCAUCACCAUGUAUGACACCAAAACCCGUGAGCUCCGCUGGAACGCCACCUACUUUGACUAUGCAGCCUCACUGCCCGAAGAUGAUGUAAACUACAAGAUGUCCCACUUUGUGUCCAAUGGCGAUGGACUGGUGGUAACUGUGGACAGUGAAUCUGGGGAUGUCUUGUGGAUCCAAAACUAUGCCUCUCCAGUGGUAGCCUUCUAUGUCUGGCAUCGGGAGGGCCUGAGGAAGGUGAUGCACAUCAAUGUCGCUGUGGAAACACUGCGCUACUUGACCUUCAUGUCUGGCGAGGUGGGGCGCAUCACCAAGUGGAAGUACCCAUUCCCCAAGGAGACAGAGGCCAAGAGCAAGCUGACGCCCACCCUGUAUGUUGGGAAGUACUCCACCAGUCUGUACGCUUCCCCGUCCAUGGUACAUGAGGGAGUCGCGGUCGUGCCCCGCGGUAGCACUCUUCCAUUGCUGGAAGGCCCUCAGACUGAUGGUGUCACCAUUGGGGACAAGGGGGAGUGCGUGAUCACACCCAGCACAGACCUCAAAUUUGACCCUGGACUCAAAGGGAAGAGCAAGCUGAACUACUUGAGGAAUUACUGGCUUCUCAUAGGACACCAUGAAACCCCACUGUCUGCAUCUACCAAGAUGCUGGAGAGAUUUCCCAACAAUCUGCCCAAACACCGGGAAAAUGUGAUUCCUGCUGAUCUGGAGAAAAAGAACUUUGAGGAAGUUAUCAACCUGGUUGACCAGACUUCGGAAAAUGCUCCAAUUACUCUAUCUCAGGAUAUGGAAGAAAAGUUGGCUCCUGCUCCUGCCAAGCCAGAGGCCCCCGUGGACUCCAUGCUCAAGGACAUGGCCACCAUCAUCCUGAGUACCUUCUUGCUGGUCGGCUGGGUGGCCUUCAUCAUCACCUACCCCCUGAGCAUGCAUCAGCAGCACCAGCUCCAGCACCAGCAGUUCCAGAAGGAAUUGAAAAAAAUCCAGCUCUUGCAGCAGCAGCAGCUGCCCUUCCACCCACAUGGAGAUACAGCCCAGGAUGCCGAUUUACUAGACACAUCUGGCCCCUACUCAGAGAGCUCAGGCACCAGCAGCCCUAGCCCAUCACCCAGAGCCUCCAACCACUCACUCCACUCCAGCAGCUCUGCCUCCAAGGCUGGUUCCAGCCCCUCCCUAGAGCAAGACGAUGAGGAUGAGGAAACCAGCAUGGUGAUUGUUGGGAAGAUUUCAUUCUGUCCCAAGGAUGUCCUAGGUCAUGGAGCUGAGGGCACAAUUGUAUACCGGGGUAUGUUUGACAACCGCGAUGUGGCCGUGAAGAGGAUCCUUCCUGAGUGUUUUAGCUUCGCAGACCGUGAGGUCCAGCUGCUGCGAGAAUCAGAUGAGCACCCAAACGUGAUCCGUUACUUCUGCACGGAGAGGGAUCGGCAGUUCCAGUACAUUGCCAUUGAGCUGUGUGCGGCCACCUUGCAGGAGUAUGUGGAACAGAAGGACUUUGCCCACCUUGGUCUGGAGCCCAUCACCUUGCUGCAGCAAACCACCUCAGGGCUGGCACACCUCCAUUCCCUUAACAUUGUUCACAGAGACCUGAAACCCCACAACAUUCUCCUCUCCAUGCCCAAUGCACAUGGCAGGAUCAAGGCCAUGAUCUCUGACUUUGGCCUUUGCAAGAAGCUGGCAGUGGGCAGGCACAGCUUCAGCCGCCGUUCUGGGGUGCCUGGCACCGAAGGCUGGAUUGCUCCUGAGAUGCUGAGCGAAGACUGCAAGGAGAACCCU